ACAGAACAACCACAAUCAAGAGGAUCCAGUUGUUCAUAUGCUUGUCCUCAAAACUUGCAUACACCGAACAAAAAGCUCUACAGCCCGGAAUCGGCUGUUGUCGUGGCCAACAACACUUCGUCAGCAAGAAAUCUCACCUCAUCUUACAGCUAUUACCACACUUCGAACAGCAGAACGAACACUACAUUACCCUACCAAUCGUUACAUGGCUUAUUAUCCAGUAGAAAUCGUUGUACCUGUUUUCGAUGUUCAUAUAUUUCUUUAAAGAAUCUGGAAAACUCUCCUCUCCGGUAUAGUUCUGGAAUGCUUUAUGGAAGUUCAGGACCUCCUCAGCCAAAUCCUGCAGCGAUUUACACUAUAAAUCAGAGUUAUGGAUCAAGUUCUCAUUAUGAUCACGCAAGAUAUAGUCCAAAUGCUCAUACACACCGUGGAAUGCGUCCGUCUUCUUAUCAUAGGCCGAUUUCAACCGAUCAAGACUUAAGUACAAAUUCGUCAAAUUUAUAUGGUUACAAUUCACCAAAUAAUAAACGUUUUGAAACCGCUCAUAAUAAUAGUUAUCGGACGAGAUCGCUAUUACACGCCCGUAGAGUGGAAAAUCAACAUACACGCCGUCCAGUCCAUUACUAG